CUAUGGCACUGACUCCAUGGAAGUCCAUGUGUGAAAUGAUUACUCUCCUGACUCAACACAUGAAGCAGAGGAAAACUUCCCACAAAAUUUUCCUUUUGUUUUCUUUGUUUUUGAGUAUUUUGGCAAAUUGGCAGGCCCAGCAACAAUGGCGGGGAUCGUGAUCCCGAGGAAUCUACAUGUCACGUCCCUCUCAAUCCUCACCGUUUAUAGUUAACCAGUCAACUCAAUCUUUCAAAGUUGAAUGAUAGCUACAGUGCAUGGAGUCCACAGCAUAAGGUGGUGGAUUGCCAGAAUACCAACCAUGAACAAAGAAGCAAGAGAAAACAAUCAACACACACUAGAGGUUGAACACGUACAGCAACAACCACAACGACUAGUUCAUGCCACUUCGCUGUAAAGUGCCUUCAACACAACAAUAACAACGUAGCGUUGACCCAUUACUCCAUCCAUCCUCAAGUCACGGUUCACCUCCACUUUCAUGCCCUCAUCAAUCAAUGUUAUGUGUCUUUUAUAGUUUCUCUCUCUCACUGUGUUGUGUUAUGUGGUCUCUCUGUCUUUUUCUCUCUUGUCCUUGUGUUUUCUAUUGAUUGCUUUGGUGGGUCUAUUUAUUUCUCUUUGUAACCAAAUGGGUUGUAAAUAAUUUCUCAAUUGGUUUCUGCUUCAUUCACUUGCUUGUUCUCUCACCGCCAAGCAUUCUCUUCCUUUCACAACACGGUACUCUCUUUUUCUUUUGUGUCUUCUUCUGCUUUGUCUCGAACCUCUCGAUUGUCCCGUGUUCACACGUGCUUUUGUGCAACCGUUUUCCUUAUUGUCUCUAUUGUUUGCUCAAUCAUUUCAGCUGUAGUUCUUCCUGGCAAAAUCAAGGCAACCCCUCAUGCUUUUUUGGUUUGUUCGAGAGAAAUGAUGGCAUUGGACUAUAGUUUUCACUUCCUCAAUGGGGUUUACGUGAUGAUGUUGUUUUGCGUUGGCAUUGUACUUGUGAAUUCGGUUAAUGAAGAGGGGUCAAGUCUCUUGAUGUUCAAAGCUUCCCUUCAUGACCCAAACAACAAUCUCUAUAACUGGAAUUCUUCUGAUUUGACUCCUUGCAAUUGGACUGGUGUGUAUUGCACGGGUUCAGUGGUAACUUGUGUGAAACUUUACCAUCUUAAUCUAUCUGGUACUUUGGCUCCCACCAUCUGCAAUCUUCCAAAGCUGCUCGAGUUGAAUUUGUCAAAAAAUUUCAUCUCUGGCCCCAUUCCUGAUGGUUUUGUUGAGUGUGGUAGUUUGGAGGUUUUGGACCUUUGCACAAAUAGGCUUCAUGGACCCCUUCUGACCCCUAUUUGGAAAAUCAGAACACUUAAAAAGCUCUAUCUGUGUGAAAACUAUAUGUAUGAUGAAGUGCUGGAGGAGCUUGGGAAUUUGGUAUCACUUGAGGAGCUAGUUAUCUAUAGCAAUAAUUUAACUGGGAGAAUUCCCUCUUCAAUAAGAAAGUUGAAGCAGCUUAGAGUUAUAAGGGCCGGUCUGAAUGCCCUCUCAGGACCAAUACCUACUGAAAUCAGUGAAUGUGAGAGCUUGGAGAUAUUGGGGUUGGCACAGAAUCAACUAGAAGGUUCCAUUCCAAGGGAGCUUCAAAAGCUUCGGAACCUCACUACUAUACUUCUGUGGCAAAAUUCUUUCUCUGGAGAGAUUCCUCCUGAGAUUGGAAACAUUAGUAGCUUGGAAUUGCUUGCUUUGCACCAAAAUUUACUAACUGGUGGUGUCCCCAAGGAACUGGGAAAGCUGUCCCAGUUGAAGAGGUUGUACAUGUACACCAACAUGCUGAACGGAACAAUUCCACCUGAGCUAGGAAACUGCACAAAGGCUAUUGAGAUAGACCUAUCUGAAAAUCAUUUGAUUGGGAUCAUUCCCAAGGAGCUGGGCCUAAUCUCUAAUCUUAGCUUGCUUCAUCUGUUUGAAAACAACCUACAGGGUCAUAUUCCAAGGGAGCUCGGUCAGUUAAGGGUGCUAAGAAAUUUAGACCUGUCACUAAAUAACUUGACUGGUACAAUUCCACUGGAGUUUGAAAACCUUACACACAUGGAAGAUUUGCAGCUAUUUGACAAUCAACUUGAAGGUGUGAUUCCUCCUCGGCUUGGAGCUAUUAGGAACCUUACUAUUCUUGAUAUAUCUGCAAACAACCUUUUUGGUAUGAUACCUCUUCAUCUUUGUGCAUAUCAGAAGCUACAAUUCCUGAGCCUUGGGUCAAAUAGGUUGUUUGGAAAUAUUCCUCAUAGCCUGAAAACAUGCAAAUCUCUUGUGCAGCUUAUGCUGGGGGACAACCAGCUGACAGGAAGCCUGCCUGUUGAAUUGUAUGAACUUCACAAUCUCACUGCUCUGGAACUCUAUCAGAAUCGAUUUUCUGGGAUGAUAAACCCCGGGAUAGGUCAACUCAGGAAUCUAGAGAGGCUUCUCUUGUCAGAUAACUACUUUGAAGGCUAUCUCCCGCCUGAGAUUGGAAGUUUGAAACAACUUGUCACAUUCAAUGUUUCCUCUAACCGUUUCAGUGGAAGUAUUCCUCAAGAGUUGGGAAACUGUGUUAGAAUGCAGAGGCUUGAUCUUAGCAGGAACCACUUCACUGGUAUGCUUCCAAAUGAAAUUGGCAGCCUGGUGAACUUGGAACUGUUAAAAGUUUCUGAUAACGUGCUCUCAGGAGAAAUACCAGGCACUUUGGGGAAUCUUAUUCGGCUCACAGACCUGGAACUAGGUGGCAACCAGUUUUCAGGAAGCAUCUCUAUUCAUUUGGGAAGACUUGCAGCCCUUCAGAUUGCUCUUAACCUGAGCCACAACAAACUUUCUGGCUCAAUUCCUGAUAGUCUUGGUAACUUACAAAUGCUAGAGUCCCUUUAUCUCAAUGACAAUCAACUUGUUGGUGAGAUUCCAGCAUCAAUUGGUGACCUUCUCAGUCUUGUAGUGUGCAAUGUAUCUAACAACAAGCUAGUAGGAACUGUUCCAGACACCACUACAUUUAGAAAGAUGGAUUUCACGAACUUUGCUGGGAACAACGGUUUGUGCCGUGUCGGUACCAGUCAUUGCCAUCCAUCUAUAUCUUCCUCUCAUGCUGCGAAACAAAGCUGGAUCAGAAAUGGUUCCUCGAGGGAAAAAAUAGUCAGCAUUGUUUCUGGGGUUGUUGGACUAGUUUCUCUUAUUUUCAUAGUGUGGAUAUGUUUGGCUAUGAGGCGCCGUGGCCAUGAUGCUUUUGUUUCACUUGAAGGGCAAACUAACACUCAUGUCUUGGAUAACUACUACUUUCCCAAAGAAGGGUUUACAUACCAGGAUCUCUUGGAAGCCACUGGCAAUUUUUCAGAAAAGGCAGUUCUAGGAAGAGGAGCUUGUGGCACUGUGUUCAAGGCAAUUAUGAAUGACGGUGAAGUGAUUGCUGUAAAGAAGCUGAAUUCGCGAGGACAAGGAGCAAAUAGUGUUGACCAAAGCUUCCUUGCCGAGAUUUCAACUCUUGGAAAGAUCAGGCACAGGAACAUUGUGAAGCUGUAUGGAUUUUGCUACCAUGAGGAUUCUAAUCUUCUCCUAUAUGAAUACAUGGAAAAUGGAAGCCUUGGUGAACAACUUCAUUCAAGUGCAAUCACUUGUGCACUGGAUUGGAGUAGUCGAUAUAAAAUUGCUCUUGGAGCAGCACAAGGCUUAUGCUAUCUUCAUUAUGAUUGCAAACCUCAAAUCAUUCACCGUGACAUUAAGUCUAACAACAUAUUACUUGACGAGGUGUUUCAGGCUCACGUUGGAGAUUUUGGCUUGGCAAAGUUGAUUGAUUUUUCUUUCUCAAAAUCCAUGUCUGCUGUGGCCGGUUCCUAUGGCUACAUUGCCCCAGAAUACGCUUACACGAUGAAGGUGACUGAAAAGUGUGACAUCUAUAGCUUUGGGGUAGUUUUGCUUGAACUAGUUACUGGGAGGUCACCUGUUCAACCUUUGGAACAAGGUGGUGACCUAGUCACCUGUGUGAGAAGAGCAAUUCAAGCAUCAGUACCAACCUCUGAAUUAUUUGACAAGAGAUUGAAUCUUAGUGCUCCAAAGAUAGUUGAGGAAAUGUCUCUUAUUCUCAAAAUUGCCCUGUUCUGUACCAGCACAUCUCCACUUAACAGGCCCACUAUGAGAGAGGUCAUUGCAAUGUUGAUUGAUGCUAGGGAAUAUGUCAGCAACUCACCAACCUCUCCUACAUCAGAAUCUCCAUUGGAUUAGGAUGAUGGCAUUUCUUACAAAGAUGAUGGUGCUGAGUUGUUAUAAGCUCAUUUAUAGAGCAUGUUUUUGGUACAGCUUCAUUUCUACAUGCUCGAGUCUCCGAUAAAAUAGUUCAUUGGCUCAACUAAAUAAGUAGCUUAACCCAAAAUAAUGUCACAAUCAAUUUGAGAGAAGCAAAUGCAGUAGAUUAACACAACGUGGUAAAGCUACUCUAAUUUGUUAUACCUUUAGAUGUAUGACCAUUCUACUAAUAUAACAAACCUUACUCUUCUCAAUUAGGCAUCCUUAUUUGAUGUCUAUGAUACUGAGUUUGAACGAACACAUGGUGCAAAAGUAGGUUCAAUCUGCUUUGAAUACUAGUGAUGACCAAUUUGGCUAAAUGUAAGUUGUAAAGUUCUUAUACGCCUUCUUAUUUUCUCAUGAGGCUUGUACAUUUUAUGCAUUAAAGUUGUUUAAUGUCA